AUGAUUGACAGCAGGGAGCCUGCCAUCGCUGGCCACUUUUACCGCAUUCCCCGCCUCUCCGGCCGCCUUGUGGGCAUCUGGCCACAAAGGAUCAGGCGGAUAGAAGGGGGCGUGAGCGGUCGUCCCUGGCACGCCCACUUCCUCUUCGUCUUCGCCUUCGCCGUCGUCCUGAUGGGCGCGAUUGGCGAAGUUUCCUACGGCUGCGUCCACCUGGAUAACCUAGUGGUUGCCUUGGAGGCCUUCUGCCCGGGAACCACCAAGGCGGUGUGUGUCCUCAAGCUGUUGGUCUUCUUCCGCUCCAAUCGCCGUUGGGCAGAGCUGGUAGAGCGCUUGAGGUUAAUGCUGUGGCAAUCGAGGAGGGAGGAGGGCCAGAGGAUGCUGGUCGGGCUGGCCACCACGGCCAACAGACUUAGCCUGUUGCUGCUGGCUUCUGGCACGGCGACGAACGCCGCCUUCAACCUGCAACCGCUGAUUAUGGGCCUCUAUCGCUGGGUAUCCGAUCUGCCGGGUCAAGUCGAACUGCCCUUUAACAUCAUACUGCCUGCGUUUGCCGUGCAGCCAGGACUGUUUCCGCUCACCUACGUGCUGCUGACCGCUUCCGGUGCCUGCACCGUUUUCGCCUUCAGCUUCGUGGACGGAUUCUUCGUGUGCUCCUGCCUCUACAUAUGCGGUGUUUUCCGGCUGGUGCAGCAGGACAUUCGCAGGAUAUUUGCCGAUUUGCAUGGCGACACUGUGGAUGUUUUCACGGAGGCCAUGAACGCCGAGGUGAGGGAAAAACUGGCCGAAGUUGUCGAGCGGCACAAUGCGAUUAUCGAUUUCUGCACGGACCUAACACGCCAGUUCACCGUUAUCGUUUUAAUGCAUUUCCUGUCCGCUGCUUUCGUCCUUUGCUCGACCAUCCUGGACAUCAUGUUGAACACGUCGUCGCUGAGCGGCUUAACCUACAUCUGCUACAUCAUCGCGGCCCUCACGCAGCUAUUCCUCUACUGCUUCGGCGGCAAUCACGUCGGCGAAAGUAGUGCUGCUGUGGCGGACGUGCUGUACGACAUUGAGUGGUACAAAUGCGAUGCGAGGACUAGGAAAGUGAUUUUAAUGAUAUUGCGGCGUUCGCAGCGGGCAAAAACAAUUGCGGUGCCGUUUUUUACGCCAUCACUGCCAGCUCUUGGAUCUAUACUCAGCACAGCCGGCUCAUAUAUCACGUUGCUGAAGACGUUUCUGUAAGCCUAUGCGGCGUAUGAUUGAUAUACCGG